AUGAUUUCAGUGGAGCCGACUAUCAUUGAGGAAGUGAAGACCAGACAGAUGGAAGACAGAGUCCUCAGAAAGGUGAUUGAUGAGAUUGUCACUAAGCCAAGAUCAGGGUAUACCAUUGAGAAUCAGGGAGUUUCAAGGUUUGGGAAGAAAGAUAAGUUAGCACCUCGUUAUAUUGGACCGUUUGAAAUCCUUGAAAGAGUUAACUCAGUUGCUUACAGACUUGCCCUACCGCCAGAACUAAGUCAAGUCCACAAUGUGUUUCACAUUUCGAUGGUGAGAAGGCAUAUUCGGGAUCCAUUGCAUGUGAUUGAUCAUUCCGGGAUUAGGGUUAAUGAAGACUUAGGCUACGAGGAGAAGCCAAUAAGAAUUAUUGAUAGACAAGUGAAACAAUUAAGGAACAAGUCGAUACCGAUGGUAAAAAUCGAAUGGAAUGAGCAUUACGGCAAGGAUGCUACAUGGGAGAUGGAAGAAGAGAUGAAAGUCCGAUAUCCGGAAUUGUUUUCGGAUCAAGGUAAGUCAAGUUUGGGGACCAAACUUCUUUAA